AUGAAAAUAGAGGACACUAAGAACUUGGACUUCCGCCGAAAGUGGGACAAAGAUGAAUACGAGAAACUUGCAGAGAAGCGGCUCACAGAAGAGAGAGAAAAGAAAGAUGGCAAACCAGCUCAGCCUGUCAAAAGGGAACUUCUGCGGCACCGAGACUACAAAGUGGACCUGGAAUCGAAGCUGGGGAAAACCAUCGUCAUCACCAAAACUACCCCUCAGUCAGAGAUGGGAGGGUACUACUGUAACGUAUGCGACUGCGUGGUGAAAGACUCCAUUAACUUCUUGGAUCACAUCAAUGGCAAAAAACACCAGAGAAAUCUGGGAAUGUCCAUGCGGGUGGAGCGCUCCACGCUGGACCAGGUGAAGAAACGCUUUGAGGUGAACAAGAAGAAGAUGGAGGAGAAGCAGAAGGACUACGACUUUGAGGAGAGGAUGAAGGAACUCCGUGAGGAGGAGGAGAAGGCCAAAGCCUACAAGAAGGAGAAGCAGAGAGAGAAGAAAAGGCGGGCAGAGGAAGAUUUGACAUUUGAAGAGGAUGACGAAAUGGCAGCUGUGAUGGGUUUCUCUGGUUUUGGCUCAACCAAAAAGAACCACUGAGCAGCUCUGGACUCUCCUCUUUCUUGAAACAGAUUGUUUUUACCCAGGGGACUCUGGAUAUCUCUUAAAAGACUUGAUUGAGGACUUGUAUGUAAAUCUCCCAGUAGAAGUUGGCUGGAGGAGUCCAAAAGCGAUUCCAUGCUCUACCUGUGCUGCAGAACAAGCUCCGCCUGUCAUUAGCUUUCCAUCUCCUUCUGUGUCCUAGAUCUGGCUGCUCAUCACUGCUCUAUGGCCUUGUGUGUGCAGGGAAGUGUUCUGCUGGGUACGUUUUUGUGUCAAUAAAGUGCAACAGUUCUGUACAGAUGGCCUGGUUCAGGAUUAAUCUAGUUAUCAACCAGCAUCAUUGUUCUGGGCCCUAGUUGUUCUAGUUGUCAACUGGGCUGUGUGUUUGAAACGCAGGGAGUGAUUCAGUUUCUUUUUAGAUCGUGUAACUGAAGGAAACAUGCCGCAGCGAGCAGUGUUGAGCGGUACAACCGGCAUCUUUAU